UCCAUACAUUUUCCCUGACACCCAAAAGUAUUGUUUACAUAGUGAAUGCUUAGCAGGACAGCAAAAUUGUCGCACAUAUCAAGAGAACACGUGGUCAUCACUACUGCCUCUGAUCUGGCAGACUCACUAAAUACAAAUGCUUCAUUUGUAAAUUAUGUCUAAGUGUUGGAGUGUACCCCUGGCUAUUUGUAAAUUUUUAAAACAAGUAAAUUAUGCAGUCUGCUUUGCUUAAUAUAAGGAAUUUUAAAUGAGUUAUACUUAGUUAAGUGUAUUUAGAAAAAAAUACUUUUAGACUUAUACUCAAGUAGUAUUUUACUGGGUGACUUCCACUUUUACUUAAGGUAUCUGUACUUUUACUCAAGUAUGACAAUUAGGUACUUUUCCCCACCACUGAUCGUAACUAGCUACCUUACUGAGUAACGUUAGUUGUCGUCACUUUCUUCCAGUGGUAGACUACUUCUCAGUCUGUCAAAGUAGACAGCUUUUUAUUGAUUCCAUGAAGUGCAACGCAGCAUACCAACUUCAAUUAUGCUACUUUAGCUCUAUUUUUUUGUAUCUGAAAAUAAGAAAUUAUACUCGUAACCAUAUCUAAUUCGUUAGCUAGCUUGCUUAGUUCACAUAUAGCGUGGCAUUUAGUUUGUUAUCUGUCAGUCAAUCGUAAUACCUGGAUGGACACGGCAAUGCGAAAAGCAAACUGCUUCUCCUCGAACGCGGCGGUGAAAGGGAUGCUGAGAGCCCAUUGGCUAUCGAACGGCCAAUAUCGUGAGGCGUGGAUCUUGGAAUAUUUCGUUUUUUUUCAUUUAAAACCCUUUGAGCUAUGACGCCAACCAAUAAGAUCCCUUUCUCGUCAGUGUAACCGGAAGUGAACAGCGACCAAGUACAAUUUACACGUUAGCAUUUUUAUUUGUGUUAUUUGGACGUUUAUUAACACACUGGAACUCAAAAUAUGACUAAUUAGCUGCACAGAAGCACAUACUUACACCCUGUAGUAUUUAAUUCGCGUUGCAGACAGGGCUUGGUUGAUAAAUGUUAUAUAGGUAACGCCAGUUAGCUAGCUGUGAACAUUAGCCAACAUGGCUAACUGUGUGGUUUUUCAUACUCAAAUAGCCUCCAUCAUGGAAGUGCUAGCGAAUGCAGCCGUGGCAGAUAUCUGUAAACUCGUAGACGACGACUAUGCAGUGUUUCGUUUGGAAAUAACUCAAAGCCAGAAAGAGAACAGGGCAUUGCGGAGGAAACUACACCUAUUGGAACCGAAGGUUGCACGGGAGCGCACAGAUAGAACAACGCGAGAGCGCGUCCUCGCCAGUCGUCCCAGUAGUGUCAAGAUCCUGGACCGAUACAGAGGAAUGGCAAGAGGUGAAGGACAUCUCACUGGAGGCUACAGGGGCUUUGUGAAACAAGUGGGACACAAAACAUGUAGAGAUAACCAACCAAUCACUGUUGACGAGGGGAGUGGAACCUCAACCCAGCACGUUAUCGUGAUAGAGCCUGCAGAUUCAGAGGCUGCAGGUCCUGGGGUCAAGCUGGAGAGGUCUGAAGGAGAGGAGGACCCACGACACAGCAGAAACAUCCAGACUGGAGCGGCUGGAGUACCCCCUAUAGCCACAGAGGACUCCACCGCCACCCUAGUGCCGCCCAGGCUCCGACGCAGCGUCACAGAGGACAGUGGAACGCAGAACGCCGCCCUCAAGUCAGAGACAGACACUUUAACUGUAACACAAAGGAUUUUACACACAGGAUCUGACCCAGAGAUACUGGGGCUGGGGGGACUGGGAUGUCGUUCUUCUCCCAGCUCAGAGUAUUUACUUUACGGUAACCCGAGGACAGUUCUCUCCCAUCAGGACUCAGGUAACGCAUUACAGACUGGCAAUGAUCCAUCUUGUUCUUACACUGCCGAGACUGGGAUGAUACCUGGUGACAUGCCUGUGGGCUUAGAUACACAGACUAAUCCAAUGAGAGGGGACUGGAACCGGUACAGUAGUAGUGUGUAUUCUGAAGAGUGCCUGGAUGAGAAAGGGGAGGGUCUGGCCUUAGAUGAUGUGACUGUGAAAGUGGAGGGCGAUGCUCCUCUGACAUGGAAUGAAGUCGAGACUCAUUUAGGAGAAGGACACUCGCAGGGCAACAGCAGUGACUUCUUAGACUACAGGGAAAACUUAGAGACAAAUCUAAAUGUCACAACCAACUCCUCUUUACACUCAGUGUCGAUGUCGAUGGCACCUUCCGAUUCACAAGGCCUAUUCGAUCAGGUAUUGAACUCAAACGACCAAAGGUCCAAGGCUCGGGGAGGGGGAUCAAAAACGGGCAGUAAAGAGAAGCGGUUCCUCUGCAUGUUCUGUAACAAAGGCUUCAGCUGCCCUCAGAAGGUGGAGAUCCACCAGAGGGUCCACACAGGGGAAAAACCCUACAGCUGUACCCAGUGUCACAUGCGGUUCGCCCAUGCUGGCAACCUAAAGAGGCACCAGAGGGUCCACACAGGGGAGAAACCCUACAGCUGCCAACAGUGUGAGAAGCGGUUCUCCCACCAGCACCAUCUGAAGAUGCACCUGAAGGUCCACACGGGAGAGAGGCCAUUCAGAGAGUAACUACCUGAGGAUACAGCAGCAGAAAAACCAUUCCACUCUAUAACAUAGAAAGUAACCAUUCCAUUUGAUAGCUUCUGACUUUGACAUCAAACCCUGCAUUAAAGACAAAGAUGAAUGUUGUCAGCAGAAAAGAUCCACAGAUGCAUUUGGAAUAAUGAGAGUAACAGAUUUCAGUGUUAAAUAUUCCUGGGUAGAAUAUUGCAUCCAGAUAUAGUGAUAUAUAAUGCAUAGAAAAGCCUAAUUAGUCUGUUACAUAUUGUAUUUGUACUGUGUAGGCUAUAUGAUGUUCACAAAUUCCUAUUUCAUUACUUCCCUUCAAUAUUUCAUUUUUUUCCCAAGACACUUUUAAUGAGUAUAUUAAUACAGUUUAUCAAGUUCAUGCAGAUGUAUGUGUGGUUUUUAUACGGUGAAUUUAAAACGUGUAUGUUAAAUAAAUAAACAUUUUGACUUUG